AUGGCCAACGCGUUCGAGGUCGACGACGUCGAGAGCUUCCGCGCCAGAGGCGUCGACGGCGCCAUGGACCUGCUCCUAAGUCUUCCGAGCCGACCGGGCAACGUGCUCCCGCCCACCAAGCAAGACACGCGCGAGUCGACGAUCAAGAUCAUGCAGCACUACAUGCGCCGCCUGCGAAUGGACAUCACCGACCUCUCGGUGAUUCACAUUGCGGGCACGAAAGGCAAGGGCUCCACGACUGCGUUCACCGAGAGCAUCCUGCGGGCGCAUGGCGUCCGGACCGGCAUGUUUACGUCGCCGCACCUGAUCCACGUCUGCGAGCGCUUCCGCAUCAACGGCAAGCCGAUCCCGGAGGCGACGUUCUUGACGCACUUUUGGGCCGUCUGGGACGGGCUCUAUGCGACCAAGGACCAAGCGACGGACGAGCCGCCGAUGGCGGGCUUCUUCCGCUUCUUCACGCUGCUGGCGCUGCGCAUUUUCGCAGCCGAAGCCGUGGACGUGGUCAUUCUCGAGGUCGGGCUCGGCGGUCGUCUGGAUGCGACCAACGUUGUCCAGCGCCCGGUCGUCUGCGGCGUCACGACGCUCGACCUGGACCACACGCGCGUGCUCGGCGAGACGCUCGACUUGAUCGCGCGCGAGAAAGCGGGUAUCUUCAAGCGCAAUGUACCCGCCUUUACGAUCGCGCAGCCCGAGAUCGCAGCUUCGAUGCUCGAGCGCUGCGCGGUGGAACACGGGAACCCGCUGUUUGUCGUGCCGGCGCUUCCGUCCUUCAACGUAGACGUCACGUCGCUCGGCCUCCACGGUGACUACCAGCACGUGAACGCGGCGCUCGCCAUCGUCUUGGCGACCCAGUGGCUGCAGCGCAAGAACCCGCUGCCGCUGCCGCCGGCGUACCCGACGCUCGCGACACCAACGGUCCUCGCAGGCCUCACAUCGGCGUUUUGGCCGGGCCGCGCGCAGACGAUUCCGGACCCGAACUCGACGACGACGUACUAUGUGGACGGCGCGCACACGCCGCUGAGCAUGCAGUGCUGCGGCGCGUGGUUUACGCAAAACGGCGCCAAGCAGCCCACGGAAACGCGCAUCUUGAUCUUCAACUGCCACCACGAGCGCGACAUUGUGGCCAUUUUGAAGCCGCUCCUGGCGCUCUCGUUCGACCACGUCAUCUUUACGCCGUCGCGGUCGUGUCGCCCAAGCAUCGUCAAGAUUCCGAGUGUGCAGGAAGCGCUGCUCAAGGCCGGCAUCGCGAUCGACGGCGUCCCUCCCUCGGUGUUUGACAUGACCAACUGCCCGCCCAACGGCGACAAGCAGUACUGGCAGUUCAUUUGCUCCAAAGUGUGGACCGCCCUGCACAACGGCCGCGCCGCGUCCAAGACGUCGAUUUGCCAUUCUGUCGAGGACAGCAUCGCAUUAAUCCGCUCGACCACUCCCGCGCACGCGCGAGUGCUCGCGACGGGAUCGCUCUACAUCGUCGGUGACACGCUCAGCGCCCUUGGUUGGACCGAGCAACAACACUAACUUGCAUACCGCUACGCCAACACGGUUUCCUGUAUCG